AUGGAUGAGGAGAUGCAACAGUUGUGGAGUAAUUUUACACUUGGUGAGGAGGAGAGUCUUGGAGUUCAUCUCCUAGAUCAGGGAGACGGCGAACUUGGGGAGAAAGGCAAGUUAUGUAUUUUUGGUAAAGUCUUGUCAGAUAAGCUUUACAACAAGGUGGCUUUCAAAUCUAUGAUGAAGAAGGUUUGGAAUAAUAUCAAAGUGGAAUUCAUAGAGGUUGGUGAUAAUUUGUUUCUCAUCCAGUUCAGCAAUAUGCUAGAUAAGAACAGAGUUCUUGAAGUUCCAGCAACGAAAGGACCAAUGCAAUUUGGGGCAUGGUUGAGGGCUCCGGUGGGUAGAGGUUCUAAAAUCAUUUUUGGUCAAAAUGCCAGAGUGGAAAAACCACCGGGGGGGGAGAAGUCCAGCGGUGUUUCGCCGGAAAGAGGACCAAAAUCUUUAGGAAAACCCCACAAAAAUAGAAAGGCAGUGAAUGAGGAGUGCAUUAUGGGAAGGAAGGGAUCAAUUAUCGGAGAUGAAGGAAUUACUAUUACUAAGAGCCUUUAUGGGAGGCAGAAUAUGGAAAGAGAAAUAUCUGUGGAACUAAGGGAGGUGUCAGUUAAUAUACCAAAUUAUUUACCAAAGGAAAGGGUAAUAAUGGCAGUCCAAAUGAGAGGGAUAUGCCUUUGGACAAGGGUAAUAGAUCGAAAGGAAAUUGGGCCAUUGAAAAGGGCCCAAGUUUAG